AUGGAAGGCAAAACGACUACAGAUAAAACUUCACACUUCAAAAUUAGAAAGGAGUUCGAGCAUGCGAGAGCUCGGGCUUAUAAAAAACUGAAGGACAAAGUAUUGGAGACAAAAGCAAUACUUCAACAGUGGAAUGCUCGGAGAGACGGUCUUCCGGUCCCAUUCGAGAGUUAUAUUAUGUUAACCAUUCAUCAUGUUGUCACGGAAGAGAAGAAGAAAAUUGAGUUUGUCAAGUACGAGAAGAAACUUUUCGAAGCUCUCAACUACCUGAUGCACAGGAUCUUCGAGAACAGACGUCAUCCAGUUGCAUUCAAAUUGUUGAUUACAAUCGUAGAAAUUCUUCGUCUGACACCAGGACUUUGGAUGCAAAUUGAGGAAAUGAACAUUUUCGCAGAAGCAGAUCGUGCAUUUGCCGAGAUGGCGCCAUACAUCGAGGAGUCCAGUUACCCACUUAAAAAGCUUCACGUUUUUGUGUACGACUCUGUGAUUUUCAAACAUCCGAAGCUAACAAGCGCCAAGCACAUAGUAUUUGACAGACUCGAUGAUGAUUUCGAGUAG